UAUAUUGCGGACGCAAGAAAUUCUUUUGUAAUGGCUGGCGUUGCAUUACACCGUCUUCCACGUGUCUGCGUGCCGUUACGGUACGCGUUGGAAAUAAAGCCAUGCUUGAAAACCUUCAAGUUCUUUGGAAAGGAAUCCAUUGCUCUAGAGGUUGGUUUUACACUUAUUCUUGAAUUUCAGCAAGGACCGGCUUCUUUGGAACUAGAAUUCACGGGAGAAAUUUCAGACAAAAUGGUUGGGUUUUAUCGCAGCAAUUAUACUGAUAAUGAAACAGAAAAGGUUAUGCUGGCCACUCACUUUGAACCUUCAUGUGCACGCAGGGCUUUCCCGUGUUGGGACGAACCGGAGUACAAAUCAGUAUUCAGCAUCAAAAUUUUAGCACCAAAAGAAAUGACCGCUAUCUCAAACAUGCCUGUCGCAUCACAAGUAGACCAUGAUGAUAACUACGUUGCAUACCAGUUCGAGGAUACACCUAAAAUGUCCUCCUAUUUGGUCGCGUUUGCCAUUGGUGAGAUGGAGUUUGUGGAAGCUCGUGACAGCAACAGUGUACUCGUUCGGGUAUACUCGCGGCCAGGAUUUGUUUCUCAGCGUGGCCAAGGAGAGUUUGCUCUGGCUACAGCGUGUCGAAGUCUGCCAUUUUUUGGCGAAUACUUCGGAACGAAAUACCCAUUACCCAAGCUGGAUAUGUUGGCUGUUCCAGAUUUUGCUGGGGGAGCGAUGGAGAACUGGGGUUUAGUUACAUUCCGUGAGCGGGCUCUGCUUGCUGACAAAGAAACGGCUUCUGCGUGGUCCAAGGAAAGGAUCGCUCUCACAGUGAGCCAUGAACUGGCUCACAUGUGGUUUGGUAACCUGGUCACAAUGCGCUGGUGGACUGAUUUGUGGCUUAAAGAAGGGUUUGCCACAUGGAUUGAAUAUCUUUGUGUCAAUCAUUGCUAUCCGGAAAUGGAUAUUUGGGUGAGUCAGUUCACCUCGACCGGCUUCACUUUCCGACUAGUAAUUCACUACUGUGGGUAUCUACCGCUCCACACUCUCUUGUCAAGGGUUGGGCAAGGCUGGAAGAAAAGCUGCUGUAGUCUAAUCAUGACUUGGCCUGGAGGUAUAAAUAAAUUAGCCUCAGCUUUGUCUUCGAUUGGUGCCUCACACUUUAUCGCGAGGCUAGGAACGCCAUUGAAAUCCCGUUUCCCACAAAGAACAAACAAACACAAAAUAGAGGAAAAAAUAUCGUAG